GUCACCUGUUCCGCGAGUUUCACCAUGGAACAUUAUAAUCUUUUAUUGGAACUCCAAGUUUUGACGAAGCAUUAUCUCGAUGUGAUGAAAGUAUGAUCAAUGUUGGCCUGCGUUUAUCGAACGUACUUACUAAACAUUGCGGCUUGGUGUUUAACAAUAAAAUAUUUGAUGCAAUUGACCUCGAAGAGGCAGAAACGAUGGAAUUGACACAGGAAUUACCACUGGACAUUCUCAGCAAGCUUUGUAUUGCACUAGUCUACUCCAAGAAACACGAUUUUGCCUUUCCCUUAAUUGAAACGUUUCUUGAAUAUGAUGUGGAAAGUUUUGGAGAUAUUUACCUUGACGUUGCCGAGGCCCUUGUGGAAAACGAAUUUCACCAACGAGCUUUGCCAUUGUUAGAAGCGCUAACAAAAAGCCAAUCGUUUUGUUUGGCGGCAGUUUGGUUAAAGUAUGCUAACAGUCUGUCCGCCCUAGAUCGCGCGGACGAAGCGAUCGUCGCGUUCCGUCAUGUCAUUCAUCUAGUACCAUCAAGUGAGGAUGCAAGGAUAUCUUUGGCUGAAUUGCUCACCAAAUUAGGACGCCAUGAAGAGGCUUUGGAAGCUGUGACUCAGGAUUCUGAAGCUUCUCGAAUAGAGGCCAGCGUGUUGCAUCACAAGUGCAUCUUGCUUCUUAAAGAAGGGCGAAUGAAUCAAUUCAUUGCUGCCUACAAGUUGUUGAUGAUGCGUCAUGCCAGAAACAUACGUUCAAAAGACGAAAUCUACAAAGCAUGUGGUGCCAAGAAAAUCGGUUGGGAAUCAGCAGAUGAAGAGUCGGCCGAUGACGAAUUAGAAUUUGGAGCCUCAUCGGUCGAGUUGCAAGAAGAAUAUCGACUCCUGCGCUUAGCAGCUGAACACUUGUUCAAAGAAAAACGCCUGGUGGAACUCGAACGAAUUUGUUUCACGGCUCUGACGUCUCCUCUUUUCAGGAAGAAGAGAGACAUUUGUCGAGAAAUCCAGUUCAUAACUCUUCAAGUAUGCUUAGCUAAAGGCGACUCUUAUUACGCUUACAAUCUAGCCCGCAGUUUACUGUUGCGGUGCAACAAUUUGUAUAACAACAGAGUUUGGAAUCUCCUUAUCCAGGUUAUCAUGCGAGGAGACGAUGUGCGUUACAAUCGUUUUCUUGUUCGGUUACUUCUCAAACACCCCGAGCACGUCUGUUUAAGCGUUUUGAAUGGCCACGCGUGUGUAGCGAGCGGUACUUACAAAUAUGCACUAGAUGAGUACAUGUCAGCGUGCAAAAUGGAGCCGAACAAUUCAUUGUUCUUGUUGCUUUCUGCUAUUGUGCUAGUGCAGCUGACGUGCCAAAAAUUUUCGAGUGGGAAACACUCUCUCGUCACCCAGGCUUCCUCAUUCUUUGAUGCUUAUCUAAAAUCAAGAGGCGACUGUCAAGAGGUCUUCUACAACAUCGGUCGUGGCAUGCAUCAGCUUGGUCUUCUGACCCAUGCCUUGGAUUUUUAUAAGAAAGCUCUGCAGUUUAAACCAAGCGUCACACAAGGGAAACAUGCGCACGUGUUCGACUUAUCGAGAGAAAUUGCCUUUAAUUUAUCGCUCAUAUAUCGAGCAGCUGAUUUUUCCAGUUCUGGUUUUGAUGUUGCUCGCAUGUACUUGGACAAGUAUAUCACUAUUUGAUAGGUGAACUUGGAUGUACAGCAUUUUCUAUACUUCAAGGAGGGAAGGACUAUGCACUUUUGCGUGUCCUGACCUCUAUUUUAAGACGCGCGUUGGAGAGGAAUGUUUGCCUAUUUAUUAUUCUGAGCACGCAAAAAGUUUCGAAAGCAAUUUUUGUCAUAUCAUCCGGCAGUUCCAUUUAAAUAACAUGGUCAACCCGA